UCAACCUAAUAAAGAACGAUAUCACGGACAAGGAAGACAAGAAUGGAAGAAAAAAGAAUUCAAAACCAACGUACAAUGCGAUUUCUGCAAACGCUAUGGACAUAAAGAAGAGGAAUGCCGAACCAAGCAAUGGAAGCAGAAGAAUAUGGAUUUUCAACGGGGACAGCCAACAAUCAAUCCGCCAGGCACAUCGUCAACGCUUGCUCAAAUAGCGGCAGAAGAGAAACAAUCAGGCCAAUGGUUCGACUAAAAUUCGACGAACUACUGGAAACUGGAUUUUUAAUCGACACCGGCAGCGAAAUUACAAUCAAGAUGAAGGAGAUGAAGAAGGAUAAAAGAACGAACUUACUGCUAACUCCAUUAUUGCUCAUUUUUAUAAUCAUGACUUUAACGGCUAACAGAACACAAGAUAACAAAUAUAAUAUACAAAAACUCGGUGCUACGGAAACAAUCUUCUUCGAAUAUUUAGGCAAAACGCGAAUCUUUCACGAAGAAAAAUUGGAAAUUUGAAAAUUGUAAUAGGUUACGACUUUGCUCGUAUUGUGGAAGAACUAGAAACGAUAAACAAUUUAUAUCUCAAAACAAUCACUGACUUAUGUUUACGUCAACAACAGGUGUCUCAUAUUAAGUUGCAUGCUCCUCUUAUCAGAGACUAUUAAAACGAAUAGAAAAUCUUAGCAACGUCAGGGGAGAGUUACGCAACGCUUUCUAUUUAGCGGGCAUAAGACUUAACAACUCCUCACGCGUAAGGCGCGGGAUUUUCGAUUUCGUAGGGGAAGUAAGCAAAACAUUGUUUGGUACUUUGGAUACCUCAGAUGCUACCUAUUACGAUAAUGAGUUAGAUCGUCUUUAUAACGAUCAAAAAUCAAUAAUUCAUUAUGUUAACAAUCAAACAAGCAUCAUCUUAAAUGCGAUUAAUGCAAAUAAUGCAAUGUUAAACAGAUCAAGAGAUCAAAUUGAACGUAUAAAUGAACAAUUUAAUAAAGUACGAGAUUUAUCAAAAACUAACGAGUUAAACAUAAGAAUUGAUGAAAUUAUGCUAGACUUGGAAAUUGCCCUUAACGAAUUACAAGAAAAAAUACAUAACGUAGAAGACUUGAUAUUCGAUGCCAAACGUGGUAUCAUUAAACCAUAUGUCUUAACACCUGAGAGACUAUUUUCAAUACUAAGAGAACACGAACAUGUAGAUAAUUUCCCAGUUAAACUGGAAGAAACUAAUUAUUUAGCAUUAAUAAAUAUUGUUACUAUCAACAUAGCGUUAAAUGGCAAACGUGCGUUAAUAGA